AUGGGAGUCAUAUUUGAAGUAGUCCUGAAGCGGGCUUCUAAUGAUUAUGAUAAUAAUUUUAUUGGAAAUACCCCUUCUACCGUCUUAUUCUUUUUGGCCCUUGCUGUUGGUGUGGUUAUAGCUUCACUAUUUGUCUUCUUUACCUUGAGAUAUUUUGUUAGACAAAGAUAUGGCCUUCACGUUUUUCCCAUUGGCCAAAGAGGUGUUUUGCUUUCUAAUAUUUCGGUGAGUAACUUGAAUCCAGGAGAUACUACUAAUGAAGAUCUUAGACGUCAACUUGAGUAUAUUAGGGAGAAUAAUUUCGUUAGGCAAGAUGUGGUGAACAGAAUAUUUAUUAGUAGAAGAAGACGGGGCCGGAGAAGAGGUGGUAGAUACUCGAGGAUGAAGAAACUUACUCAACAGCAAGUCAAUAUAUUAUUUCCGGUGAAAACCUAUUAUGAUUGGAAAAAUGGAGGACAGGAGAGAGACCAUAGCUUGAGGGAUGGCGUCUUACAUGAAGAGGGUGGUAUCUUUUCGGGAAAGAAUAACGAAACCAAUGACGUAGUUGAAAUUAAUGACAAUCAGGCCGUUCAACUAGACAUGGUUAGCUCUGAUACUACAGAUUACUCGGCAGGUAAUUCGAUAACUGUUAGAGAUUCUUCAGUUCUUGACGAAACAAAAUCAGUAGAAAUGAAAGAUCUUGGAACGGAUAAAGUCAGUGAGCUGCAUGAAGAAUUACAUUUCAGUUCAGGAACCUGUGCUAUUUGCCUUGAGGUGAUUGAAGAUGAUGAUUUAGUAAGAGGGUUGAUUUGUGGUCAUGUAUUUCAUUCGGAAUGUCUAGACCCUUGGUUAACUAAAAGAAGAGCAUGUUGUCCUAUGUGUAAAAGAGACUAUUUUUACAAAGAUGAAACGAACAACAGUCGUAAUAAUACCAAUAAUAAUACUGAGAUUGGAACCAGAGAUGUUGAGCAUGAUAAUGAUAACGCUCAUGUUGAUGCCAAUACCGAUAGAGGUGUGGUAGAAAGUCCGGGUUCUAAUAAUAAUGAGACGGAUGGCAAUGCUAAUGGUAAUGAACAUAAUGACAAUAGUUAUACAGAACAUGAUAAUGCUGGUGAUGAAGAUAGCGUCGAUUUAGAAGCCCUUAGAAAUGACCCUAUAAUUGCAAGUAUGGUUCAAGACUUGAUUCCCGUGCGUGAAAGAGCGAGAAUGAUCUUAAAUGACCCUAACAUGGCAGAGUAUCAGAUUGAAGACAAGGCAAAUCGUAUAGCUCAAAAAAAGUAUAGUAAUUGUGUUAAGGCAUUGUGGUGGAGGACAAUGGGGAUCUCACAGGAAGACUUUUUCAGCUGGGCUGUAUUAGUAAUUUACAAACAAGUGAGACCACUUUCUGGGCAGCAGGAGACCGAAGGUACAGGAAAUGGAAACUCUUCUAACGUGGAUCAUGCACCUGAUUCUGAAAUCUCUGAAGUCGACAUACUGGAGCAGAACAACCGCGAUAGAAGAAACUUAGUGGAACAAAUGGUUUAG